ACAAAAUUAGGGUGUGUUUGGCUGGCAUACAUACAUGUGAUGUUCUUAUGUUAUUACUGUGACACCGCACGGACCCUAUCCAGCCCGAUAACAGUAGCAGCAACAGCAACAGCAACGAUGUGAGUGUGCUACGUUUCACUUCAAUUGAGAUUGAUUCACUAAGGAGAUGACGAUGGCCGCUUCGGCUUUAUCCUCAAUCAUGAACCAACCUCACAUUAAGCUUCAUUCUCCAUCUUGUUUCACUACUCUCAGAUUCUUCAAACAUAUUAACAAACCACUCUCCUCAACUUCAUCACCACGCCCUCUUCAUCUCAUCACCGCUUCUAGAACCUUCUCUAUUUCCAACAAAUCAUCGGAACAACCCUCUCUUCGCCAUUUCAUCGCCAGAGCUUCUUUAACCGCUUCCCAACUUCAACCCCACCAUGUUGUGGCGGAUACUGAAGUUCCUUCAACUGGCAGAAUAUAUCAUGAGACCUAUGGAUGUCAAAUGAACGUUAAUGAUAUGGAGAUUGUCCUGUCUAUAAUGAAAAAUGCAGGCUAUAAUGAACUUGUGACUGCUCCCGAGAAUGCAGAAAUAAUAUUUAUCAACACAUGUGCCAUAAGAGAUAAUGCAGAAAUGAAAGUGUGGCAGAGGCUUAAUUACUUUUGGUUUCUUAAGAGGAACUGGAAAGCCAAUAUUGCUAGUGGAAGGUCGCAAUCCCUACGCCCUCCCAAAGUAGUUGUUUUGGGAUGUAUGGCUGAGAGGUUAAAGGAAAAGAUACUUGAUUCAGACAAAAUGGUUGAUGUAGUGUGCGGGCCUGAUGCUUAUAGGGAUUUGCCAAGAUUAUUGGAAGAGGUUGAGUAUGGCCAGAAAGGGAUUAACACUCUUCUUUCACUUGAGGAGACUUAUGCUGAUAUUAAUCCAGUUCGGAUCUCCCAGAAUUCAAUUAGCGCCUUUGUUUCAAUUAUGAGGGGCUGCAACAAUAUGUGUUCAUUUUGUAUUGUACCUUUCACUAGAGGCAGAGAGCGAUCACGUCCUGUUGAUUCCAUUGUGAGAGAGGUGGGAGAGCUUUGGAAAGAGGGUGUGAAAGAAGUAACACUUCUUGGCCAGAAUGUGAACAGCUACAAUGAUGCAUCUGUGAUUGAAAAAGAGGCUGAACCAGGGUCCAAUUGGAAACUUAGUGAAGGAUUUUCCAGUAUAUCGAAGGUCAGAACCACAGGCUUAAGGUUUGCUGAUCUAUUGGAUCGACUCUCAAUAGAAUUUCCUGAGAUGCGUUUCAGAUUCACGUCUCCACACCCUAAAGAUUUUCCAGAUGAACUUCUUUAUCUUAUGCGUGAAAGGAAUAAUAUAUGCAAAUUGAUACAUUUACCCGCACAAUCAGGAAGUAGCACAAUGCUUGAGAGAAUGAGGCGAGGAUAUACUCGAGAGGCUUACAUGAGUCUUGUGCAAAAAAUUCGAAGUAUUAUUCCAGAUGUGGCCCUAAGCAGUGAUUUUAUUUCCGGAUUUUGUGGAGAAACAGAGGAGGACCAUUCUGACACGUUGACUCUUGUAAAAGAAGUCGGUUAUGAUAUGGCAUACAUGUUUGCUUAUAGCAUGAGGGAGAAAACUCAUGCGCACAGAAACUAUGAGGAUGAUGUUCCCGAGGAAACUAAGCAGAGGAGGCUAACUGAACUUAUUGAGACUUUCCGUGAGAGCACAGGAAAGUGUUACGACGAGCAGGUUGGAACUACACAGCUUGUAUUAGUUGAAGGACCGAACAAAAGAGCUCCAGAUACUGAGCUCAUAGGCAAGAGUGACAAGGGCCAUCGGGUAAUAUUUGUCAAUCUACCAAUCUCAGACAGGGAAGAUGUUAAUACAAAGAGAAAUCCUGUGGUUGGUGAUUAUGUUGAAGUUCAGAUAACAAAAUCAUCAAGGGCAUCACUCUUCGGUGAAGCACUUGCUAUUACUAAAUUGAGUUCAUUUUACAAUAAUCUGGAAAGAGAAGCUGUUGCAUGCAGCAUGUAAAAGUAAAAUCUUGCUGCAUAAACAGUUUGUUGUCGCAAUUUUUGGAUAUAGUCAUUGUAAAUCGCUUAUUCCUCUGUUGUUGACUAAACCGGAGUUUAUGGGAAAAACACUGCAACUACGCAAGGGAGUGAGAUUUUGCAUUUACCCGCGAAAAUGGUUCCAGUGUACCACCGAGAACCCUAUUGACAACCCGCAAUGCAACAUCAAAAUCAAAUAGCCGGGAGGAUUACUGAUGUUUGUCUUUAAACAUUGGUUGAUAUAAUAUAAGUGGGAUUUGAUGAAGCUCACAGAAAAGAUUUAAUGUGGCCUUUGAACUAAACUAUCAUAUUAAGUUAUUGUUUAAAUACAACAUCAAAGUUCUUAGGAGUCUAAUGUUAUCAUUCAAUAAACUAUAAUAUUGAGUAGUAGUUUUCUAUUAGUUUUUGGAUCUUACUAGCAUGUACUAAUAUUUAGACACUUAUUAAGCCAUCAGUUUUUGAAUACACCACUUUUUAUAUUUGGUUA